CAUAACAGAACUUUAGGUCCCAUUUUCUACAAAAGGUUUGACCCUCUAAAUAGGUUGGUAGUAUCACGGACAAUAAAAAUCACAUGGUCAGCUGACCCAAUUUGGGGGCGUUUGGGUCCCAGGCCCCUAAAAUUACCCUAAUUCGAGACUCCUAUUUGGUCCCAUAAUUCUCAAAGCUUAAAAGUUAGUAACGUGUGUCAUUAUAUGAGAGAAUCUGAAAAAUGAUAAAGCUUACCGAAAAAUUGGGUCUUAAGACUGGGUCAGACCCCCCUCAAAGACCAUAUUUAGGACCUUAAUUUGUCCCCAUAAGCUACAAACUCCAAAUUUUGCACAAACAUUCUCUAACAUAGUGUAAUGUCAGUGGUCAUAAAGCUGACCAAAAAUUUGGGUCUCUUGGCCUAGUCAGACCGCGUCUCGCCCCAUAUCUCUAUUUUUAAUGCGGAGGAGAAGCAAUAGAAAAACAUUUGUCUUAUUUCCAAUGUGUUCAGGGCCUUAACUUAUUUUUAGAAUUUUUUUAAAUAGAAUAGAACGUUUUCGUCCAAAUACAACAGGAAACCGACAUAACAAACCAGACAGUGAAAGAAAAAAGUUAAGAGAAGCAGUUAUUUUGAAGCAAGUGAAGUAAAAACGUGAACAAAUUACCGGGAUAUUUGCAUAUUAGACUAUCAAAUAUAGAAAAUUAGAAACUUUAGAUAAAAUGUGAUAGAUAGAAGAUAUGACAGGUAAAGAUAUAUGUAAUUAUAUCAAGUUUUUAGUUACUGCAUGUUGUAGUCAGUUUCGGAUGAUAAGUCAAAAAAAGUUUUAAUAGUCUGUUGUUGAACUGAAUUUUUUAAACAUAUAUUUUGUCAAUUUUUACUUCAUUGAUUGAAUUUCUCAUUUCGUAGAAUUUUCGAACAAAGAAAUAUUCAAUAAGAUCAAUGAAAGCGAUGGUAAGAGGAAAACAUAAUUAAUUAGAAUACAUUAAUUUAAGAUAACCAAUAACAAGUUAUUAUUGUGAUAUUUUGCAGAUGUUGUAGCUACUGUAGAUGACAAUUUAAAUGCAAAUGGAAAUACUGACAGUGAUGAACGAUGCUGUGUGCUGCAUGUUGGUGAUGGAUACAAAGUUGGCAAAAUAAAUCUCUUCAAUACGGAAACCCUGGGAAAGUGCAAAUCUAUCUUAGUUACACGUAAAAAUGGAAAUCUAAAGUACAAGGAUACGCAACUUCCUGGCUUUGUGAAUAAAAUUCAAGGAUUUCAUUUAAAUUGUUACAAAAGAUUUAUAGCAUUGUCUGAAACACAGAGAAAAAAUCUCCCCAACGAUAAGAAAGUAUCUAAAGCUGUCCCUUUAACCCGUUCAAAAAUUUCCAUAACAGUGCAAUCAUCUUCAACAGGAGUGUUUUCAAAGAUAUGUAUUUUCUGCAUGCGAAAGGAAAAGAAGCACAAAAAUUUAAAGCAAAAAUUAAAUGCAGCAUCUACAGAGAAUUUUCAAGAAAAUAUAAAAAAGUAUGCACGUUGGUUGGAAGAUAAGCCUAUGUUAGUGCGAAUCGGAAAUGAAGAUUUUGUAAGCAAAGAAAUAUACUACCAUGGAAUGUGCAGGGUCAGUUAUCAAAGCAAGGCCGAAAAAACACCAUUGGCAAUACAAGAGAGGAAUGAAAAAGGGAUGGAAAGACAAAAACUUGAAACAUCCUGGCAUACUGCGAGAGGGAUUCACUGCAAGGCUUUUGAAGGUGUUUGUGCUUAUAUUGAUGAUCACAUCCUAAAAGAAAAAGAUGUUAUCUUACUCAGCGAGAUAAAAAAUCAAUAUCACAUGUUACUAGCAGAAAUCGGGAAUGAAGCAUUCGAAGAUAUUGAAUCGUCUUCAGCAAAACUUGAGCAAAAAUUAUUAAAGCAUUACAAAGAAAGUAUACAAAUCAUGAAGGGGAAAACAAGACGUGGAAACUUGAUAUUCUGCAGCACCAUUUCCGAAGAAGAAGCUUUCAGGAAAGAGUACUCGAUGAAGACAAAAUUGAAAGCGAAGAUUAGAGAUGUAGCGUUUGCAUUAAGUUUUGCCAUAAUGGAAAUUGAAAAAUGCCCUAUACCCGAUGAAGUGACAUUUGCAGAUAUAAAAAAAGGUGAAGUUGAGGCACCAAAUGAAUUAAUUGAAUUUUUCAGUUACCUUAUUGGUGGUCCUGACCAACGCAUAGUAAAGUCAAAUCAGAAGCAGAGGCGCAUAAAAAGUAUUGCUGACGAUGUCAUAUUUGCUGCAACAUCAGGAAAAAAAAAACCUGCAAAACAUUUGCAGCUUGGACUGGCAGUGAAAAGCAUUACAGGAAGCAAAAAAGUGAUCGAAAUGUUAAAUAGACUUGGACACUCUGUUAGCUAUAGCAUUAUCGAAGAACUAGAAACAGAAUUAACAACACAAAAACAAUUUCAAAGGGGAUUAUUUUCGCUGCGAAGAACCCAAAAGUCAUUCUCAAGAUUACCAAUCGACUUGACAUUAGAGCAAACGAUAAAUGCAGAUGCUGCAUGUCAGCGAAAAGGUAUAUCAGCUUUAACAAAUUCUAUUUCUGCUCGUCAACGAUGGGCACAAAGUCAUUCUAUUCGAACAAGUAUUGUGUCAUACGUGUUUGAAAAUUUGGGGAUGACAAAACAGGAAGACGUGUCUCAAGAUUUAAAGGCCAGCAGAAUGCGACAAAAUUCUAAAGAUUUACAUCAAGUUAUAAACAUGGUCAAGGAAACCAUGAAUCCAUUUAACGAUGCUAUUGAAAAACAAUAUCUUUUUAAUAUAGCAUCAGGAAAAGCAGCCUCACCAGACACAACAAAGUUUUUGCUCAACAUCGUUAGUGUUGGAAGCAAAGCACGUGAUAAAUUUAUUGACGAAUGUUCUAAAGAUCCAGCAAGAUUCGAAAAACCUAUACGAAGACAAACAUUACACACAUUUGCAACUGGGGGAACGAAGUAUAAUAUUAAAGCUGCUGACAACAAAGUGGUUGCUGUAACGAUGAUGAGAGAUUUGUUUGGUAGCAUCUUGUACCAUUCGCUACAAAGGAAAAUUGAUAUGGCAGAGGUACUGAAGUAUCCUCUAACACCUGUCCCUUUAUCUCUUGGACAUGUUGAUGGCAAAAUGCAAAAGACCCCUAAAGUCAAAUUAUUGAACGAGUUAGAAGCAAAAGUAAAAACUGACGAUCCAAAUCGCGUCGAUGUUAACAUAAUUGAUGGAAUGUUUUUCCUACAUCUUUUUGUUGACCUUCCAGCAACAUUUGGAGCUCUGGCAACAUUCAUUUUGAAACGCGUUUGUGCUAGCAAGGGAAACAUCAUACAUUUUGUUCUAGACAAAAUGGUACACUCGAGUAUCAAGGAUUGUGAAAGGGAUUUGCGAUGUACUGAGAGACAUGGAGCUUAUCAGAUAACUGGACCUGAGCAAAAAAGACCUUCAAACUGGUUGAAUGCAUUGAGAAAUGAUCACUUCAAAGCAGCAUUGGUGGAGUUCUUAGCCUUCUUUUGGGAAAACAACAUGCAUUCAACAGUACUUGGAAACAAAACAGUCAUAAUGAAUCGCAAUGAUACCUGCUACAUGUUUAGAGUUGAAGGAGAGAUCGUGGUCAAAACCGAGAUCGUUAAAUUGUUUUCAACUCAUGAAGAAGCUGAUUCCAGAAUUUUGUACCACCUAUCUUCGAUUCAAACACCAGCAAACGUUGUGAUAAGAACCAUAGAUACUGACGUGCUGAUAAUUGCUCUUGGCUGCCUUAGUAAGUUACCUAACAGCUUGAAUAUUUGGAUGGAAACCGGUGUUUACACUAAAAAUACAUUAAGGUACAUAAGUAUUAAUCAAAUAUACCAGAAAUUGGGCAAAAAUAUUUGCAUGGCCUUGCCAGCAUACCAUGCUUUCACUGGAUGUGACUAUACAGCAUCGUUUAGUAGGAAAGGAAAAAUUCGACCUUUCAAACUACUAGAAAAAAAUGAAAGUGUGCAAGAUGUAUUUAAACAGCUAGGAACAAAUCUUGAUGUCACAGAUGACGCUUUUGCAACGUUGGAAAAAUUUGUAUGCAGCAUGUAUGGAAAAAGGAAUCUAUCAUCUGUAGAUGAAGCUAGGUUGGUAAUGUUUUUGGAAAAGUAUAAACCAAAAGGAGAAAAUGAAGCAAUUUCCUGUGUUAAAAAGUUUGAUGGAAGUUCUCUACCACCUUGUUUACGAGUGUUGCGUCAAAAGAUUUAUCGAACAAAGUAUGUUGCACAGUUAUGGAUGUCAUCAAUAACGUCCGAGCCUCCAAAUCACCUUCCUGAAGACAUGGGUUGGCUGCUGAAAGAUGGCAGCUAUAUCAUUAAGUGGUACGAAGGCGAAAUGUCUCCAAAAGCAGUAGAUGUCACCAGCAAUGAAAAUUAUUAUGGAUUCUCCAGAGAAGUAGAAGAUUUUGAAGGGUUUGAUGAACUGUCAAGUGAUGACGAUUCAGACAGUGAUGACGAAACUAGUGACGAAGACGUGUAAUGAUAAUUUAAGAUGCUGAUGCAGAACAAUAUCAAUCAUGCUGCUAUAACCUAUUGUACAUAUUUAUAUUUUAUUAAAUGCUAUCAGAGCAUUU